GCCAGCGCAGCUCUUGCGCGCUGGCUGGGAGCUACUUGUCGCUUCCCGGGUCACAGCGGCAGCGUGUGACGCCACGAAGCAGCCGCGGCCCGCCCGUGCGAUCGCUAGCAAAAGACAGCGAUCGGGUAUGAAUGACCCCCUCAAUUAGCCCCUAUGUGCAAGUGAUAUCCGUCACAGAUCACGGGGAAAUUACACUUUUGCUGCAACUUUAGCACAGCCCCCUCCCAACUUUACUUCCUGAGCCCACCCCUAAGGAAUCCGAAUGCCUGAUACCCGUACACUCAACAGAAACUGAAAGUGGCUGCAGCGCGCACACCGUAUAUUCAGUAGUACAUUCAUUGUGCUUCCCAGCAAAUUACUGGAGAGGAGACGGAACAGUAGGAAUUACUGUCGUAGCGACUUGUGCGCGACUCUGCUGCCCCAUGGCCUCCGCGAGGGUCUGCGCUUUCUGCCGCCAGCAUGAUGCAAACGCGAGGACCGGGCAGAUGCUGAGGACGGCUGACGGGGAGAUCACGGCCCACUACAACUGCACGCUUUUCUCACCUGAAGUGGUCUCAGUGGAGUCUGGCUCAGAAAAUAUCUUUGGAGGAUUUGAUAUUGAAACUGUGAAAAAGGCGAUAAGGAGGGCAAGCAAAUUGAAAUGUUCUAAAUGCCAUGAAAAUGGAGCCUCUGUUGGCUGUGAUAUAAAAAAAUGCAAGAAAACAUAUCACUAUGAAUGCGUAGAAGAUGCAGAUGGUAAAUGCAUAGAAGAUCUUGAAAAUCAAAUAUAUAUUGCUUUGUGUGCAGAACAUAAAGACCUAGCAAAGGCUGCAAACAAGAACCAGUUGGAUGAUGACUCUGACAUUAGUGAUCCAUCUACAACAUCUGGAGAUUUACAUGGACAAACAGGGCAGCAAAACAAAAAGAAAAUCAUGGAAAGGAAACAUGGAAAGAGCAAAACGCAAAGGAAGAUAAAGAAAAAAGAAGGGUCAUAUACUACUGGAGUCAUGCAGGAUGCCAAAAGGAGGAAACGGUUACAAACCGUCCAUGCAAAUUCUUCAGCAGUUAAGCAAAUGACAGAUGAGAAAAUGCAAGGGACAUCUGCAUCAGCGCGAACACUUAUGUCGGGAAAUGAUUCUGAUGUUGACGAUUCAGAUCUACUGGGUAAUGGUUGCAGUAUCCUACUAAAAGCAUCACCACCAUUACCCCUAACUGAGUCGCCAAAGCCAGAGUGUCCAACACCAGAAUCACCAACAAGACCAACAUCUGUCCAGCAGCAAUUCCUGCAGGAAAUGAGGGCAGACAGAGGUGCAGCUUUAGAAGCGUAUGAGCAGUUUAUGGCCAUUGCAGACAGACAAGCCAAAACUAUAGAAGAUCUUGGCGCUACAUUGGCAGCUGGCCAGGAUAAAGUGGCAGGUGGCAUGGAGAAAAUUACUGUUGUUCUGGAGAGAAUGGCAGCUGCCCAGGAAAGACACAAUUUAUUUCUGGAAUCUCUGCUGCAAAGAGUAACUUGCCAGUUUGGUCAUGCACAAAGUGGGCUUGAUGUUGCAUCUGGCACAGAGAUGUCACCUGAAAAUCACAGGGAUGAGUCAAUCACUGAACAAAUAAAAGAUGGAGAAACGGUUGCAGAAGAUAUAACUGCUGAAAAUACAGUAGUCACAGACGAAGCACCAUUUUCUUACCAUCCUGUUUUAGAAAUGGAUUCAGAGGAGCUGCCUGCCAGUAAUGUUCCUGUUUACACAGUCAUUUCAAGUCCUUCAAGAAUUUCUCCUGUAAUAAAACAGUGUACAAAGGAGCAACCUGUUGGCUCGUCAACUAAUGAGACUAAUAGCGCUCCCAGUAUAAAAGGAAAAACAGAAGAAAAGAAAAUUGUGUUACGCCUGAGAAGAUUAAUCCCAUGGCUCCCAAACACUACUCAUACAAAUGACAGAUCUCAUAUGAGGUCACUUGAUGGAUCAAUAAGUACUGGGCAUUGUAUAGAUGAACCGGCUGUAGAGAAUGUUAUGUUUACAGCGCAAGCAAUUGGUUGUAAAGAUAGGCUAGGCAGGCAACCAAUAGAUUCUACAUAUGAUGAAGAUAUGUGUGCGGCACAGCUUGUAGGAUCUUGUAAUGCUGAGAUUAUACCCGUGGCAAAGCCUAAUGAUCUUUUAAAUAAGUCAUCACAUGCUGAUUCUUUGGGCUACAUCAAACUUAAUAGGUUAGUGAAUGAAAAGUCUGUGGUUUGUCCUAAUGUUAAGAUGCCUUUUGCUAUACAGCUAAAACGAGAAAUUACAUUUUUAAAUAAACAAUCUACUAAGGUUCCCAAUACAUUGGGAACAAUUCCGUCACUCUCUCCUCUUGCACAAGAUGUAUAUGGUAGCACAUCAGGAACUUGCCCAUCAGUCUCUCCUCUUGCACAAGAUGUUUAUGGUGGCACAUCAGUAAUUUGCCCGGCAGUCUCUCCUCUUCCACAAAAUGUAUAUGGUAGCAUAUCAGAAACAUGCCCAUCAGUCUCUUCUCUUGCACAAGAUGUAUGCGGUGGCAUAUCAGAAACAUGCCCAUCAGUCUCUCCUCUUGCACAAGAUGUAUGCGGUGGUAUAUCAGAAAUAUGCACAUCAGUCUCUCCUCUUGCACAAGAUGUAUAUGGUGGAAUAUCAGAAACAUGCCCAUCAGUCUCUCCUCUUGCACAACAUGUAUAUGGUGGCAUAUCAGGAACUUGCCCAUCAGUCUUUCCUCUUGCACAAGAUGUAUAUGAUGGCACAUCAGUAAAAUGCCCAUCAGUCUCUUCCCCUGCACAAGACAUAGAUGGUAUCACAUCAGGAAUUUGCCCAUCAGUCUUUCCUUUUGCACAAGAUGUUUAUGGUGGCACAUCAGUGACAUGCCCAUCAGUCUCUCUUGCACAAGAUGUACAUGUUGGCACAUCAGGAACAUGCCCAUCAGUCUCUUCUCUUGCACAAGAUGUUUAUGAUGGCACAUCAGGAACAUGCCCAUCGAUCUCUUUUGCACAAGAUGUACAUGUCGACAUAUCAGGAAUAUGUCCAUCAGUCUCUUCUCUUACACGUGAUGUGUAUGUGAGCACAUCAGGAACAUGCCUGUUAGUCUCUCCUCUUGCCCAAGAUGUACAUGUGGAACAACCAACCACGAGUCUCAUUGGCAUAGAUUACACAUCUUUGGAAGAUCUACCUCAAGCUUUUACAUGUCCUGAUGUCAGUGCACCAGAAACUGAUAGAGAAGCACGACCUUCACAUUUUCUCAGCCCAGAAAAGAUAUCAGAGAUGUCAGCGAAACUUGUAACAGGGGCUCUUUCUAAACAGUUCAACUUCAGCAACAUUGCAAUGCAGAUUAAAAGCCCCAUAAGGUCUGCAAAACCCUCUUUAUCACACAGCAGCAAUGGAACAUCAUCUUCAUCUGAAAGGUUUCCGCCACCAGCUUCCCAACUAGAGUCAGGAUUGCCGCAGAUUGAAAUGUCAUCUACACCUCCAUCUGCCCAAACAGUUGGCUGGCCUGGCUUGAAGCAGCGUGAAGAGCUCUGUGUCUGUUACAGCAGACUGGAGGAUAAGGUAGACAGUGUCUUUGAAGAACAGAAGAGAUUGUUGUCAUUCUUGGAAGUACAACAGAGUGAGGUCAACCUUGUGCUUAAGUCUAUGAUGGCAACAUCUGGGGAUUCCGUAGAGAGGUCCUGCGCUUCACCUCCACUACCGACCUCCAGCCUCCCAGGAACCCAGUUACCAUGUGACCGUGAUCAGUGACGUGCAGUCAGGGUAGGCUGAGGAGGCAGAGCCUCACCUGUCAUACUCCAGUACACGCCAGAGUUUUGACUAUAAAAAUUAUUAGAAUAAUACGAAGAUGAUAUUUAUAACUCAUAAAUAUAAUCUUUGUAUAAUUAUUAAAAUAUUUAUAGUUAAAUCUCACCACCAAAUCAUAUACUGUAUGUGUAUGUGUAAAUCUGGCUUUGAUACUAGCCAGUGCCUCCCCAGCCAUUGACCUCAGCGCACCUCACUGACUGUGAUUACAAUUCCAUGGAGCCCUCGCUUUGACCACAACCUAUGCACGGGUCUGCCUCAAGCAGUGGACACUGCAUAUUAAUAGUUGUUAAGUUUGUAAAUGGUUAUUUAACUACAGACGUGUCCUCAAACAUUAUUGCUGCAGUUGCGCCAAACAGCCCAUCUUGACACAUCAGGUCCCAUGAGACUCUGCUAGCAUCAGGCAUUUUUGUUGCAACUAGGAUGCAUCAGGAGACUCUGCUGAUUCAUUUGGUAUGCCACACUUGUAUAUCUGUAUGCGACCGUGUCUCUGACUGCAUACAAAGUCCUACAAUGUAACGGCCUUGGCUGUUUUCCAUUGUGCUGCAUAUACAGACUCACUCGCACACAGAUAUAAGUGUGCCAUAUAAAAUUAAUCAGCGUUGUGACUAAGACUCAUUUUUGGCAAAUAAAAGACGUCCGACUCUAGCAGAAUUGCACGAGAUCUGUUGGCUCACUCGUGCCAGACAUCUCGUGCUGUGUGGCGUAUUGGUGCUAGAUAUAAGACGCAUCUGUAUUUCUAUAUAUAUUUUUAUGCAUCACUUGUUUAACAAGUUUUAUAAGUGAUUUUAUAGUUUUGUUUUUGUUGCAUUUAAUGCCAUUGAAUGUAUU